AUGGCUGCGGCGGCGGCGGCGGCGGCCACCUCGCUUCUACUACGCCACCACGGCAACCCCCACCUCCUCCUCCGCGCCGCGAUCUUCUCCUCCCGCGCGCUGCCCCAGCAGCCGGAGCUGUCCCCUGACCCGACCGCCGGCGCCCCCGACCCCGCUCCACUCCCCCCAAACCCCAGCACGGGGAGCCCCUUCUACAGCCAGAACUGGCGCAACCCCGCCGCCGCCAAUCCUUCCUCCUCGCUUCUGCCCACCGUCGUCGCCGGCAGCCACUUCGGGGCGCAGCACCGCAUGACUGCCUUCUACGAUACGCCCGACGCCGCGGGGCUCAAGGAGACGUUCGCCAAGUAUAUGGCGGAGCAGCGGUGGGAGGACAUGAAGCAUCUGUUCGACCACUGGGCGCGCUCCCUCGACGCCACCACGGGGAAGCCCAACCAUCCCGACGUCGACCUCUUCAAUCACUACCUCCGCGCCAACCUCAUGUCGGGGGCCCUGCCGCACGAGAUGCUCGAUCUCGCUGACCACAUGCGCGAGUUCGAGCUCGAGCCCAACACUGCAUCGUACAACCUCGUGCUCAAGAGCAUGGUCGCUGGGCAGGAGUCCGAGGGCGCCGAGAAGCUCAUUGAACGGAUGCUGCAAACAGGAACAUUUCCAGAUGAUGAAUCCUACAAUUUGGUUGUAGGCCUGCUUAUUAGGCAGAACCUUGUUGACUCAUCUCUGAAGUAUUUGGAUCUGAUUCUUAAAUCAGGCUACACGCUAUCACUAACUGUUUUCACUGAUUAUAUCCGAGCAUGUAUGAGAUCCAGGAGGUUGGACACGUUGACAUCAAUUAUAGAGAAAUGCAAGACAACGGAUAAGAACAAAGUAUUGUGUCCACAAUGGGCCUGGUGCAUUGACACAGCAGAAGCUGCAUUUGAAGCUAAUAAUAGCAAAUUAGCUCUUUUUGCUUUGGAAUUUCUUGCAAGAUGGAUUGCUCGUGGUGAGAAUGUUAAUCCUCCUGUUCAGCUGUCAGUUACUGAAGGUCUUGUAAUAUCAGCUCUGAGUGCUGCUGGCAGAACUUUUAGUACUGACCUCUUGAAUGCUGCUUGGUCGCUAUUACGGAAGUCCCUGCGCCAGAAAAGGACACCCACCCCAGAGACAUAUCUUGCCAAGAUCUAUGCUCAUUCAUCAAUUGGCCAGCUUCAAAGGGCUUUUGGUACAUUGCGUGAAUUUGAAAAUGCCUAUAGGAACUCUGAGGACAUUGAUUUAGAGCUCUUCUCACCAUUUACUUCCUUGCAUCCUCUUGUUGUUGCUUGCUGCAAAGAUGGCUUUAGCACACUGGAUUCGGUUUAUGUUAAGUUGGAGAAUCUGAGUCGUGCAGAUCCACCAUACAAAUCUGUUGCUGCUCUCAACUGUGUUAUAUUAGGGUGUGCAAACAUUUGGGACAUUAAUCGAGCUUAUGAAACUUUUGUGGCUAUUAAGGAAAAAUUUGAACUCACACCAGACAUUCAUUCAUACAAUGCUCUUCUGUGUACAUUUGGAAAGUUGAAACAGACAGGAGAAGCAUGUAAUGUGUUCCAGCAUGUAUUAACUCUUGGUGUUAAGCCAAAUGCAACAACAUACUCCCUGCUUGUCGAUGCCCAUCUUGCAAACAAAGAUCCAAAAGCUGCUCUUGCCAUAAUUGAUGAGAUGGUCGAUGCUGGCUUCACUCCUUCCAAGGAUACCCUAAGGAAGGUUCGAAGACGGUGCUCUCGUGAAUCAGACUUUGACAGUGACGAGAAAGUCCAAUCCCUGUCUAAGCAGUUCAACUACCGAAUGGGUGGUGAGAAUCGUAGAGAGAUGCUUUAUAGCAUAGAAUACAAUCCUGUGUACUGA